AUGAGCAUUCUACGCUGCAAUGGAGGCCUUUCUGGGGCUCUCCGGUCUUGCCAAUCUCGCAGAGUCCUGCCGAUAACUCGCUUCCCAUCAACAAUAUCCUUUCCCCGUCGCACAUUCCAUGCCGGCCCGGCUCUGUGGGGCGUCAAGUCUCAGAUCUUGAAGGAUGUUGGCGAAGGUAUCACGGAAGUUCAGAUUAUCCAGUGGUACGUCGAAGAAGGUGCCCAUAUAGAGGAGUGGAAACCUCUCUGUCAAUAUCAAUCAGAUAAAGCAGUAGAUGAUAUUACCUCGAGAUACGGAGGCAUUGUUAAGAAGCUUCACUUCCAAGCAGAUGACACCGUCCCCACGGGAAGGGCUCUGUGCGAUAUAGAGGUUGAGGACGGAAAAUAUCCAGAUGACAACCCAGCACCAGCACCCGCGCAACCCAGCUCUGCUCCUGCACAGGCUGAGACAAAACAACCUUCAGGUGAAGUGGCUGUUGCUACUGAAAAGCCAGAAGCCCCGAAGAAUGUUUCACGAUAUGCAACUCUUGCCACCCCGGCCGUCCGUGGGAUGCUGAAGGCACAUAACGUGAAUAUACUAGAUGUUUCAGGGACGGGGAAGGACGGACGCGUCCUCAAAGAGGAUGUCCUUCGAUUUGUAGCAGCGCGGGACUCUGCACCUACGCCGCAACCUACAACCCCUACAACCCCUGGGACACAGCAAACAGACACAGCGGUCAACCUAACACCAAUCCAGUCACAAAUGUUCAAGACCAUGACACGGUCACUCAAUAUCCCCCACUUCCUAUUUGCAGAUGAGCUAAACAUCAACAAUAUCACUGCGCUGAGAAAGAAACUGGCCAAUGAUCCGAAGGACCCCAGGAGAAUUACCUUCCUCUCCUUCGUCAUCAAAGCCGUCUCUCUAGCCCUGAAUGAAUAUCCAAUCUUGAACGCCAAGGUUGACACAAGCAAUCCCGACAAGCCCCAGCUCAUCAUGCGGCCCAGACACAAUAUUGGUGUUGCAAUGGAUACACCGCAAGGCUUGAUCGUACCCAAUGUUAAGGAUGUUGCCAACCGGUCAAUUGAAGACGUUGCAGCAGAAAUCACCCGUCUGAGCGCCUUAGGUAAAGAAGGGAAGCUCACCCCAGCAGACCUGAGUGGUGGGACAAUCACUGUCUCAAACAUCGGAAAUAUUGGAGGUACCUACGUCGCACCAGUGAUUGUGUCCAAUGAAGUGGCUAUCCUGGGUGUCGGAAAAUCCAAGACAGUACCAGUCUUCGAUGAAGCGGGUCAGGUUACCAAGGGUGAAUUGGUUAAUUUCAGCUGGAGUGCAGAUCACCGUGUCGUGGAUGGCGCGACUAUGGCUCGGAUGGCCAAUAAGGUCCGGGCAUGUAUUGAAUCCCCGGAGUUGAUGCUGUUACAGCUACGGUAG